AUGUACGCCGAAGGCCGCAAGAUCGUCGUUUUGCUCGACAACGCGAGCAGCCACAUGCUCCGCUCCCAGGUCGCAUGGAGCGAGAUCGUCUGCAGCAUGCGGACGACCUGCAUGAGCAACGUGAGGCUUGUCUUCCUGCCGCCGAAUACCACCACCUUCACACAACCGCUGGAUCAGGGGAUUAUCGCCACCGCAAAGGCCCGCUACCGUCAGCACUGGCUGCGGGCCUUCUCGGCUUUGUGGAACGAAGACGGCGCGACGUCCGCGGUGGCGCGUUUCCACCCGAACCUGCGCGAUGUCCUCGCGUGGCUGUCGGACGCGUGGACCUCCGUCGGCGCGCGCACCAUUCAACGGUGCUGGUGGCGCACGGGGUGUCUUCCCCUUUUGUGGAGUAUGGACCUGACGCACGUAUACGACGACGAGCCCACCCCCGCCGCUUACCCCGACAUCGAGCUCGACGACGACAUCGACGAUGUCGGGACGCUCAUUAGCGGGCUGGCGCUUGGGAAUGCGGCGAUGACGGCGGCCGAGUACGUCGCCAUCGACGACGGGGAGCCAACGUGCGCCAAAGGCGCUGCGGGACCUGCGCCGACUGAGGCGGAGGUGGGCGUGGAGGUGGAGCUGUGGCAGGCGCCGACGACCAUGCAGGCCGUCUACGACGACGCCGACCCCGUGGGCCGUGAAGCACGCCGCACUGCUCGUGCGGCGUGUGAGAUGCUUAUCGGGUACGCACGGGCCACUCGCAUCACGCUGCGCGAUCUGUGCCAUCUGUUCGACAUCCGCAAUCCAAUCAUAGUCGCGCAGAUGGAGCGGGCUAGCCCUUCGUUCAACCUGAACGUGGCGCCUCAGCCCGUGCCCUCCCCCGGCGCAACUCCCACGCCCGAGACCCCUCGUCCGCAGGGCCGUGUGCUUCCCGUCUGGAUGACCCGUCCGUCCCGCCAUCAGCAGCUGCUUGACGCCGGGGUGGGCGCCGUGAUGGACGGGUAUGUGGAGGCGGCGGAGUGGAUGCGUCUGUGA